CACUCAGUCCUGCACACAGAUGUAGGUGGGGCGAAGGAGGCGACAGAGCAGCCCUGUCAAGAAGUUUUUAGUGUCCCUACAGUCGCGUUUCUGGUGUUUUAAUUCCUCUAAAAGCAAAGUUACAGACACACAGAGGUGUACAAGGAGCAGUGGGAGUCGGACUCGGACACAGCCAUGGACAGUGUGUAUGGAUGGGGUCUACCCACACUCAACCCUGUCCAACCAGGGAACGCUUGCAUAGAGAUCAUCGAGCAGCCCAAGCAGAGGGGGAUGAGGUUCAGGUACAAGUGUGAGGGGCGUUCAGCGGGUAGCAUCCCUGGAGAGAAGAGCAACGACACCACAAAGACCCACCCAGCCAUCAAGGUGCACAACUACAGCGGCCCCCUGCGUGUUCGAAUCUCCUUAGUGACGAAGAAUGCCCCCCAUAAGCCCCACCCCCACGAACUGGUCGGCAAAGACUGUAAACACGGCUACUACGAGGCUGACCUGCAGGAGAGAAGAAUACACAGUUUUCAGAACCUGGGCAUACAGUGUGUGAAGAAGAAGGAUGUGAAUGAGGCCAUCGUGUGUCGGCUGCAGACCAAUAAUAACCCCUUCAACAUUCCUGAGGCGAAGGUGUGGGAGGAGGAGUUUGACCUGAAUUCAGUGCGGCUCUGCUUCCAGGCCUCCGUCACUCUGCCCACAGGGGAGCUCAUUCCACUGGAGCCCGUGGUAUCUCAGCCCAUUUAUGACAACAGGGCCCCAAACACUGCCGAGCUGAAGAUCUGCAGAGUCAACCGCAACACUGGAAGCUGCAAGGGGGGCGAUGAAAUCUUUCUGCUUUGUGACAAAGUGCAAAAAGAGGAUAUCGAGGUGCGUUUCUUCCAGGACUCCUGGGAGGGAAAAGGCACUUUCUCCCAGGCAGACGUCCACAGGCAGGUGGCCAUUGUCUUCCGCACACCACCGUAUCGUGACACAAAUCUUCAAGAGCCCAUCCGAGUGAAGAUGCAGCUCCGCCGACCCUCCGAUCGCGAAGUCAGUGAGCCGAUCGAUUUCAAGUACCUGCCUGUUGACCCAGACGAAUACAGGCUAAGUGAGAAGAGGAAGCGUACAGGUGACAUGUUUCAGAGCCUGAAGCUGGGCCCCAUGCUGUCUAGUGUGACGAUUCCACAAGACAGACGGCACAUCAGCCCGGCAAGGAGAACAGUCACCGCCAAGCCUCCAACAAUGAGUUCACAACCUGUGCCCCCUGGUGCCGCAGCAGCUAAACUCCAGCCCGCCUACUCCUACGGCCAGCCAGGCCAGCUCUUCUCUGUCCAGCCCAAAGUGGAGUCCUCCCCCUCCAUCUCUGCUGCUACCACAAACCAGACAUGGAGGAUCAUGGAAGGCCUGAGCCUGGGCACGCAGCCCAAAGCCACCCCGGUGCCCAACUUCACAAUGAGCCAGCCACAACCCUCCUCCUCCUCCUCCUCUUCCUCUUCUGCCACCACAUCCACCAUCAACCAGGACUUCUCCACUGUCAACCUGUCAGACCUUCAGAAAUUCUUCCCCAACAUUUCCUCGGCCAUGGCCCAGGAGCAGGCUGCUCCUCAGGGAAGCGCUGCCUCCUUGCAGACCGGCAGCUCCUUCACCCUGCACGGCUCUCAGUUCCCGGUGGAUUCGCAACUUUUGGACGAUGACAUCCCGACCUUCCCGAGCUUCGAUGAAGUCCAGGCCAGAGGUACUCUGGACAGCCUGAACAUGGAUGAAUUUGAGGACCUUCUGAACCCCUCUCUCAUGGGUGAUAGUGGAAACGGCAUUAUUUUAGCGUCAGGCCACCAAGUUGUCCCUCCCUCUGUGUCCCAGAAUGGUGCAGCCUCUUCCCAGAACUCUUCUGACCCAGCCUGCAACCCAGGAAGCACCUGGAUGAAUUACCCCACCAGCAUCGUCAGCCUGCUCAACAACGAGGUCAUGACUGACAUGGCACCCACUUACAGCAACCACAGACCCGCGGUGCUGGAUGAGUUUGACGAGCUGAUGUCGGCCGACGAGGAUCGUCUCAUUUCCAUUUUUAACAGCGGGAGCCAAGUCAGGUCCGUCCCAGGUCACCCGACUUAAAGUUUGUCGGAGAAGUUUUAAGAUGGACAAAUUCACACAGACCACUUGUAGCAGCCUCCUCCAGACUUGAACUCCUUUAUGGUUGUUAAAGGAGAAGGAAUCAAGGUGGAUAUGCAGUGCUGAAAAAAAGCACAAAAACUUUUAACCGUGGAUACUGACACACGGGCAGAGACAAGCCAUCAUCCUUGCUAAGCUCUCAUUUAGCAUCAAUCAUUAACUUUUCUAACAACUGUGUCAACCUGAAGUUAUCGACAUACAAAGGCUUGUUUUAUAAAGACAGUCACAUUGCAGGAAGCUGAUUCAACAAUGUCUGACCACUCUGAUCACCUUCUUUUGGAGCCAAAAUCCAGAUUAUAGUCAAUGAAUUUAUUCACACAACAGCCAUUUUCUUCUGGCAUCUCGCUCUGUAUCCAAAGCUCAAAUUUUUGUACACAUUUGUUCUGCUGUGUUUCAGGUUUUCUAAAUGUGUUAACAUAGAAAGAAAGACAAUUCAUUAUAUUUGUCUGCUUCUCAAGUGAUCAAAAGCUAUUACAAUAAUGGACGGUGAAAAUCCAGCGUCAUGUUGGGCUCGAUUCAGGGUAAAACAACAGACUUAGUAACAUGCUAACCCUCACUUAUGCCACGGUGGUGCAAAGUACUUGAUUCUGAUAAGUUAUCACACACCAGCCUUUCAGAGCAACAUCUAUUUUUAAUAGCUAGGGAUCACAGACUUUGGAGGACAGUCUGUGAUCAUAUCAACAGGGAGAAAGAAAGUUUGGUGCAUGCAGUAGACAUUUAACAGAUAACGCCUCGGGAUACACCAAGGUAAUCUCAAAGACGGACGGUGACACGUUUACCUUGAUGUGAGAAAUAACAGCUGAGUCAGCUGUUUCAAGAAGGCUACAGAGUAAACGUUACUAUGAAUGUGUAUAGAAAUAUAACCAUUUCAAAAUCAAUAAAAUAAUUUCCAUAUCAGUA